AUGAAUAACACAGAACAAAAUCAGACUCCUGGUACUUCCGUAAAGGUAUAUCCAAGUGGAUAUGCUGAAUAUGAAUUAUUAAGUUACAAAGAAAAACCAACUCCAAGGGAGGACCUAGAAUUUAUACAAUAUGGGGAAAUUGGAGUAAGAGAUUUAUUAUAUACAUAUAGGAAGACGAUUAAAAAAUAAAAGCCUAACUUGUAGGCAGCAAGGAUUAAUUGAAUUAAUGGAUGAUUCAAUUCAAGCAACAAAAAUAAGGCGAAGGCAAUAAAACAAACAAAGCAGAGAAUGAGAGUCGCUUAGAAAGGUAUAAAUUGAUCACUAUUCUAGUAUAUAUUCGGGAAUGAUUUUACUUCGAAGAUUGACAAGACUGAUACUAUAAAUUUUAUUUAUAGGUCUUGUUGUAGGAUUUUUUGCAUGGGGAUAUUUUGUAACAGUGAAAAACUCAUCUUGGAGUGCAUUGAAGGAUACUAGCAAUAUUGAUAUAUAUGUUGGCAAUUGUUUUUUGAAUGUGAGCCAGUCUGAUGACUAUUUGAAGGUAUAUUAACAAAAACAUAUAUUAGUUUUCAUUCAAAGCGAAAGGAAGUAUGAGCCAGUAAGUGAAUGGAUCAGACGAUUUUAGAAUUAUGGGAGAAAUAUUAGACACAGGUGUUGCUAAUCUCACAUUUUAUGAUCCAAAUCCUGAUGUAUCUAUGUUUAAAUACGUUUUAGCAAAGGACUUGCAUGAUUGAUUUGCAACUGCCAAAAUAAAUUGAUAAUUUAAAAAUACUGUGCAAAUAUGAAACAGAGUGUGUAAUGGCUUUUGGAUUAGAUGAAUUAGUAGUUAAUACAUUGUUUAACGCUACGUCAGAGCCCAAGGCAAGAAUGCAGAUUAAUGUGAGAAAUUUAAAAACACAAAGUUUUAUUUUUCAUUCAGAAUCAUCGGGCAAUUUGUUUUUGAAUCAUUUCCUAGUCACUGAGGCUAAUAUAAGAAUGCUGAGUGGAGAUAUCAUCAUUUAAUCAACUCAAUCAUACUUUUUGAAUUAUUCAUCAUAAUCAUAAGCUAUUUGUACAACCGCAUAUUAAAUUAUAAACGAAGCAUAAGAGAAUUGUUAUUUAGAAGCAAAUCAACAGGAAAUGCUUACCAAAACAUGUGUUGGCUAGAUGGAUUUAUGCUAAGAAGACUCCUGCAAUACAUUGCAAAAGAUUAACAUUAUUGGUAAUUCAAGUACAAUAUAUGCCAAUAUCCUCCUUGAUGUAGGUAGACCCUUAAUCGAUGGAGUUGACGAAUUUGAAUCAUUCCAGACUUAUCCUUUUUCGUCUGGAAACUUAAAUUUUGAUUAAGAGUCCCUCCUUAAAAUACAAUAAUUUAUGAAUAAUAGUGGAUCCGCAGAUGUUGCUGUAAGACUUGAUGUUGGUGGUCACUACUUACUACAACACACGUAUAGCACAUACUGGUCCUUUUUCAGUAACCCUUCAUAUGCAGCCUUUUAACCAUGGUGGUUAUCUGCAUUUUCGGCUACUUUCUUGAAUCCUACAUUUACUCAUUUCUAAGUAAGCACAGAUCCAGGAAUGUGUCCCUGGAAUCCAGCUUUGAAUGCAAGAUAAACAUUAAAAAUUUAAGAAUUAAUCAAGAGAACUUUUAAUACUACUUAUGGAGAAGCUAUAUUUAUUUAAAAGGAUAAUUUUGUCAAGUAAAAUGAAACGUUAAAUGAAAAUCUUACUUAUCCUGGUUUUGAUCCAUUGGAAGAAAAGCAAAGAGGAAAGUAUGAGAGUUGGUCAACUAUUCAAAAUAUUGCCAAUAACAUUGUUUAUUAACCAUUACACUAUGAUCCAUUUUUCAUAGCAGCAAUCGCCUUAUCAUUAUUGUCCUCUUUAAUAUUUGGUAUUGUUUGUAUAUUUGUAUUGAUUGUUUCAUUACAAGGACUGGAAACCUAUGUUUUGGAAACUUCUUCAUAAUUUUAAAAUUAUAGCGCAACAACCACCCAAAGCACAAAAGAUAAUUUAGCAGCUAUUGCAAAAAGAAUGAUCUAAAAAUUAGAUCAACUAGCUUCUAAAAAGGAUCCACCUAUUUUAUUAGGUGUAUUAUCAUACAUUUUUUAUGUUUUUGGAUAAUAAUCCUUCAAAAGUGCUCCAAAAAUGUUUUGCAAGACUUUAUUCAAAAAGAGUAAUUAAAAAUAAACAGAGUAAUAUUAUAAACAAACCUUGGACAAAACCUAUUUAAAUAUUGAUGAGGAAGAAGUUAAAGAACAAUAUGAAUAAUUCUGUUUCCUUAACAAAUUAACAAUAGAGCCAUUAUCUUAAUAAGAACAGUUGUUAGAAUAAUAUGGUUUCGAAUUUGCAGAGAAAGAUGAUGUGCUUAUAUUGUCCAAAAUCAAAUUGAAUCCAAACGCUAAACCUUAUUAAGAACUUACUGAUGAAGAAAAAACAUCUGGAAAUUCUUUAGAGCUCUUUAUGGCCACCUAAUGUUUAUUAACAGGAAUUCCUGCGGAUAUUGUGCCAUCUGAUAAACUUGAAAAGGCAUAUAUUAAAUUCUGUGGAAAGACUUUAAGAGUUGAACAAUUCUAAGUUAAAGAUAUCUCAAAUGAUUAUGGUCUCUUGAUAUCAGAUCUCAAGGCAUUUGAAUUAAGGAAAGUCAAAACUGGAAUCCAAUAAAGAUAAUCAUGGUACAUAAGAUUUUUGGGUAGAUGCACUCAUUACAUUCCAUUUAUUGAAGAUUAUUAUCUUGAAUAACCAGUAUUUUUAUUGAGAAGAAACACAGAAAUUAAUAGAUUUUAAUAAAACCCAAUUAAAACCAUGGGUUCUAAAUAAUUAAAUGCUCACGUAUUUUAUUACAACUAUCCCUUUAUGUUUAUUCAAAGCUUGAUUUUUAACUAUAAAACCAGAAUCUUCAAUAGAGAAUAUUCGUAUAGAGAAGUUGAAGAAGGAAAUGUCUUGAUGGAUUAUUUUGAUGCCCUUUAUAUGAAUGGUUGGAUAUUAUCAGACUUAGCUGUGGUUUUAGGCAACUUUUUGGUAACUGCAAUUACAAUAGUCCCAAUGCUUUACUUCAUCAUCAUCAUUAACACAUCAUACUCACCCUUCUCUAUUUAUGAUCCAAAGAACUUAUUAUUUAUGGAUGAUGCUUUAAGUAGACCAUGGACUAUAACUAACUACUUCGGCAUUUUGGAUUACUGGGUCUUAGUCUUAGGUGUGUUAUUGGCUUAUUAUGCAAUCAUUACAUUCUUAUUCUAGAGUGUCAAAUACUUAUUAUCCUAUUUCCCAGAUGAAGUGGGUUAUAUGUGGGAGUUUAAGUUGUACUAGAACAAAUUAAUGAAAUAUUUCAAUUGGUUCUAAUGGAUACAAUUCUUGAUAUUGGCAUUCAGUGUAUUCUUUUACUUCGGAUUAAUAAUCGUAUGGUUACUUUUGGGAGCAAUUAUCAAUCCUAAUUAUUAUUUAGUUUACUCAUCAUCUGCCUUGUCAUUAGUGGCAUUUAUUGCUGCUUAGAUAUCUUAAAUCAAGACUACUUAUGAAUUAGCUUGCAAUGAAAUCAAGAAGAUAAUUAAUGAUAUCUACUUGAGAACUUUUGGGUAGUUGGCUGGAGCUAUAAUAAAGGAAAUCUAAAAGUUAUCAGAUUUAUCAACUACUAUCAUCAAUUCAACUAAUAUGGAUAAAGCUAAAGAAAUGGCUGAUAACCUAGGUUUUGGUGAAGAACUCAAUGAAUUGUGUAUUCUAACUUAAGGUAUGAUCGAUAAUGCUGGUUCUACUGAUUUAAAUUAGGAUUAAAUUAAUUUCAAGCAAAUUAAGGAUAAAUUUAUACAAAAGGCUUGCGAGAAGUUUAUAAGAAUUGCAAAGGAUUAAUUCGAUGUACCUGAAAUCAUAGCUGAAUAAUUGGUUAAGGUUAACUUUGUAAAGUUUGAGGAAAUUAUCGACCCAUUGGCAAAUCAAAUCUAAAUUUAAAGUUAAAACAAAAUACCAGCUGGAAUUGUUAAAUGGAUUUAUGCAACAUCUGUUAAAUUGAGUAGGGUAUUUUCUAAAAAGACUCCAGAAGAAUAGAGAAAGGAAUUAUAAGUUCACUUACCUAUCAUUAGUGAGUUUUUACUUAACGCUGUUGUUGAUGGCAUGAUGUUACAAACACAGAUUGAAGACAAAGGAGCAAGUCAAUAAGCAUUCAAAAGUGUGAUGCUUUCUCUAUUUAAUUUAAUGAUGGAUAGCACACCUAAAAAUAUAUUAGUUUAGGUUAAAAAAUUAUUUGAAAACCUCAAAGACUUUGUUGCCAUUUCUCCAAUUCCUUUGUAAGCUUUAGAAAUGAUAUUUUAAUAUGCUCAAUCCUUAAAUGAAAAUACCAAUGUUGAAGAGGCAAAAUAAGGAUUAAUCAAAUAAUUACUAUCCUUAUUUAAUAUUGAUCAAGAUUUGGCUGCAGUGUAUCAACUUCUAUUUUCUAAGCAGUAAUCCUUGUUUAUUGAUAAAGAGAUGUAGUUGACUCCCACUGAACAAGCAGGAGUAAUUAUUAGACUAUGUGAUAAAUAUUUCUUAAAGGACAAUAUGGAUCAAACUCUCAAAUCCAAAUUUGAAAUAUUCAUACUCUUUGCUAUCAAAUUCUUAAAGAAUGACAAACCACCUCUCUCAGAUCUAGUGAAACUAUUUUCAGAAAUUUAUCCAGGAGAUGAUGGAGGAAAUGAAGAGUAUUUUGAGAAAUUAUUGGAAAAGAAUUAUGGUCUAUUAAAUGUUGGAUUUUCAAGUUUGUAAUUAUGUACUAAAAAUUGGAAAUAAGAAUUGCCUAUCAAUUUACAAGGUAAGUCUCUUGAAUUUAUUUUUGAUAUUUUGUUUGUGUCCAGUAGAUUUUUAUGGUCAUCAAGCAUUUUAGACAAAAGUACUAAUGAAAGUGAAACUGUUUAAAAUCAAAAUGGAGCAUGGAGUGAUUAAAUCUUCUCUAAACCUGCCACCUAAAUUUUAUAAAGAAAAGACAAAUUAAAUAAUAGAGACAUCAUUGAACCAAUCUCAUUAGCAUUCUCAAUCUCUGAAAAUGCUGUUAUUGGAUUAAUUUUAACUUUAAGAAAUGAAAUUUAAGAUACAAUUUAUCAUAAUGCUAUUUACUAUGAAUUAGUUAAAAUCACAUCAAAAAAUUUAGAGAGUAAAAUGAUCCAAGUCAAAUUCAUUUUUGAAUUGCUUUCAAGAACAAAUUUUGAAGAUAUUUUGAUAUACUUGUGCUCAUAUAAAUAAGUAUACAAAGGAUUGAUUGAUAAACUAUUGGAUAUAGUCUUUUCUUCCAAAGGAAUGUUUAGAGUAUUCAAUGGAUUUUUAGCAAUUGAAAAAAUAUUAGAUAAAAGUUUGAACAUUGAAUGUGGAAUUGAAGAAGAUAAAUUAAAACAAUAUCUGCUUAGUGCAAAAAUGUAAUGUUUUGGUAAAUAAUUCAAUGAUAUAAUAAAUAAAGAACCCAAAGUAUUUAAGGAGAAUCUUAAUAGAAUAUAUGAUUUUAAUUUUAAAGAUAUCGCUAAACCUAUAGAAUAAGAUGACAUCGAGGAUCAAUUAGUAAAUCACUAUAAAACUGAAAAAGUUACCUUCUUUACUUUCCUCAAGAAAUCCCUAAGAGAUGAAAAAUCAAAUAAACAAGAAAAGGCAGAUUUCUUAGCUGAAUUAUCCAACCAAGUCCCUCUGAAAUUAGAAUACUUAUACAUGAUUUUGGAACAAUAAUAAGGUGUUCUAUCAAAUAAUACUUUAAAUUCCCCUUUACUUAAUGGAUUGAAGGUUGAGCCAUUCAAAAAUUUGUUAGCACUUAUUUCAUUCAAGGAUGCAACUAGCAUAUCAAAGGCCAUAAAAUAUUUCAUUGGUUAUAAUCCCAAAUCAUAUGAGAGCAUUGAUCUUAACAAAAUAUAAAUAGAACUUCAAAAAUUUAUUGAUGUGGAAUAAAAUAUUGCAUCCUUCUAAUUGCCAAAUACUGUACCCUACUAAUUCUAAAAAUUACUGAACUUGUUUAUUAACUAGAUAUUCCAAACCAGACUAGCAACAAGCACUUCCUUAUAUAGCGACUUAUUCAAUUACAUUAAAUACGAAAUAGCUAAUUUUAAAAUAGAUUAUGAUAGCAAAAAAUAGUUUGAGUUAUCUCCAGUUGUUUUCAACCAAAAUUCAAAAAUGGACCCAGAAUAAGUGAAAAGUCUUUAAGAUUUGAUACCAUUUUCUGAAAAGUUUGUUAAAAUGAUGUUCAAUCAGAAUAAUUCAAUUAGACAUAAAGCAAUCAGAGAUGUAUUAUAUUAAUUAUAUCCAAAACCAUAACCCAAAUAAUUGGCUAAUCAAUAUCAAGAAUAGAUUAAUAAUCUCUAGAGUUUCAUAUCUGGAUUAAUGGAUAAGAAUUACGAAGAUGUAUUGGCUUUCCUAAUUCAAUAUUGCGAUUUCAUCAAAGAAAAUAAAUUUAGAAAGUUUUUCAAGAAGGUAUUGGCUAUUGUUAGAGGGUUUGUUACUCAAGAAGCAGUCAAGGAAGAAGAUAAAUCUACCAAAUAAUUAAUUUGGGCUACUUAAUAAUUGAAAUAUUUCAUUAGCUCAGAUUUAGAUUGUUUCAUGGAACUCCUUUAAACUUAUUUUAGUACUGUUUUGAGUUCAGAGAAACCAAAUCAAAAUGCUAUAUAAGGAUUAUUCAGUUUGAUGACUCCUAAACCAGAUUUCGAUGUCUUGGUGAAUAUCUUUGAUUUAGAUGAAGAAGCAAUCAAAUUUGCAUAAUUUUUAGUAUCUGCCUUAGUGUCAGAAAAUAAAUCCAAAUUGUUAUAAAAUCCACAAGUUCAUUAAUUGAUUGAAAAGAAAUUCGGAAUUAAGGAAGUAGGUCCUUUGAUUGAUUUGUCUGGUAUUUUAGAAUCAAAUUCCAUGGAUUCAAAGUCAUUGAUAAGCAAGUUAAAAAUGGAAUAAAAUCCCACUGCCUCAAGAUUAUUCUAAGUUUUCUUUGCAUUUAAGAGACAGUUAGUAAAAGGAGAAUCUUGGAAAGAAUUGUAAGAUAAUUUUAAUUCAUUGGCUGAGUAAAGAGCUAAAAUAUUUAAAUAAGACAAAGAGAAUAAGAAACAAUAAGGUUAAUAAAAUGAUAUUGGAUAAACAGAAGUACUUGAAGUCUUACAUUGGUUCUCUCAUCCUAGACCAACCAAUUUCUUAUAUUUAUUAAACAAAAUUCAAAUACUUGAUCAAUAGGAACCAGCAGCAAUAUUUGCAGCAGCUAUUGCAGGAAUUGGUAAAUAUGAUAAAUUUGAUUGGUAUAAAGAUAAAUAACCAGAAUAAAUUAGAAAUAGAUCAGAUACUCUCUACUAAUAUUCUUAAAAGUCUGUGGAUAGAGCAUUGCUUUAUGUAGCUUAAACUAGCGAUUAAGAUGCUUAAGAAGCCUUUGGUCUAUUACAAUUGGCAGCUGGUAUUAAUCCAGUCUUAGUAAGUGCAAUAUUUAAUGAGAAUCAAAAUUCUAAUCCAUGCUAAUAAUAGAUACUGUAAUCAGAGUCAACUAAUAACUAAAAAAUAAUAAAGGAUUUCAUGAAGAAAUUCAAUAAUUUUGAAUAUGAUGCAUUAGCUUUAAUAAAAAUAAUUGAAUUUGAAACUUUAAAGAAUUCAUAAAAUGAAAGACUGACUCCUGAAAUUAUUAAUGAUUUACUGAAAUCCCUUGAUUUAACAGUAAGCUAGUAUAAUGUAAUUGAAGCCUUCAUAAAAGGAUGCUCAAAAGGAAAAGUGUAAUACUAUUUCCCAUUAUCAUCACUUCUUCUGAUUUACUCUUUAAAAAAAAUGAGAUUAGUGAAAAAGAAAUAGGAUACAGCUACCUCUUAAUAUCUAAAAGGUUAAUUUUGCAUCAAUAUGGCAUUCACUGUCUUUGAAAGAUAUUUAUACUUUUAUGAUAACAAAAAUCUUACUCAUUUGAACAAGCCAGCAUUGGUGAAAUUAUUAACCCUAGGAAUAUUCGAUACUACUAGAUUACGAUCUGAAUAACAAGUUGACUACGUAAAAAUGGAAGGAAUAUUAUAUCCUGGAAUAAGUGAUCCUCUAUUAGAAAUAAGAGGGACAAAGUAUAAUUACACUAAUUAAAAAAGUGAUAGUAUUGUUGAACUUUCAAAGAACUUCAACGAAUAAUAUGAAGAAUAUUGCAAAGUAUUUUACAGAAUUUUGCCAGAUAAUAAUGGGUAAAUAGAGAAUAGACCAGAAUUCGAUAAUUACAAUUAGUUUUGGAACUCAUUGUUUAGAGAUAUUGCCACUGGAGUUAUUUCAUAAAUUUCAAUGAUCUAUAUUAAUAGUAAAUCCAACAAAAAUAAUCAAAAAGAAUACUUUGAAGAAUUGGCUAAGAGUUUACCAAAAGAAUUAUAGAAAUUAUAAUUACAAUACUCCUUGAUUACCAAAUUGAUUCAAUUAAAUAUCUCACAAUAUGGAUACAUAAGGUCUAAAUAUUGGGACAAAUCUUUGGAAUUGAUAAAAAAGCAAAUAUUUAAACAAAGUGAAAUUGAAGUCUUGGAGAGUGAUUAAUCUUCAGAAUAAACUCAAUAAAUCAUGAUUUCAUUAAUCCAAUAUUAUGCAGGACAAUAUACUGUAGCUUAAAAGGAGAAAGAAAGCCAACCAUCAUAAUAGUUUUCCAAGUUCAGAGAAACAGAAUAAAGAUUCUUUGAAAGAAUGUUUGGUGCAGAAAACAAGUAAAACACAUAGAGAUCUUAACCUAAAUUCAAAGGAACUAAACAAAAAAUACCUAUAGAUUUAAAUUAGUUAAUCGAUAAUUUAUUAGGACUAACUUUAAAUGAAACAGAGAGAAGAGAAUUAAAGCCUUUAGUAGAUCUAUUUUAUAAUCCAAAAGUUAUGAACACUUAAUUUAUUACUAAAACUUGGGGAAAUGAUUAUCUAAUAAUGGAUGCCUUAAUGUUAAUGUUAGUCAGAGUUUAAUUAGAAAACUCGAAAGCUACUGGAAAAUUCUCAUCUUUGGCUACCAAAGUGCCAGCAUGCUAUUUGUAUUAUUCAAUAGGAGAUUAAUAUGAAAAUUUAAGCUAGGAUGAUCUAGUUUAAUUUAAAAAUAAUAGUGAUCUCUUGAAUUCUGGAAUUGAUGAUUUAAUAUAGGAUUGCAAUGAAAUCUAGCCAUCAAUUAAAUCACCAUUGAAAUUGAUGAUAAGAUGCUUCUUGGGUGAUGUGGAAGCAUGGUAUGCACUGAUUGCAUUCAGUAGAAAAUAAGAAGGUGUAGAGACUGAAUUGUUAUCUGAAAGAAUGAUAAGAACUUUUAUCAUUGAGUUAUUGCUUUAAUUCAAGAACUUCGGAUUAAGAAGUCCUUUGUUAGACAGAUAACAAGUAUCAUCUUAAUCAUUCCAACAACUACUCAAGACUUCAAAGAAUCAGAAUCUAAUCAAGAUUAUUGAAACUGCACUUGUAAAUACUUUCAUGAAGGAUAAAGAAGUGUUUCCAGAGGAAAGUACAAAUAAAUUGAUUCAAUUUUUAAGUUUUGUAUUCGAGGGAAAUACUGAGGUAUUAGCAGACAACGAAAAAAGUGGAUUCUUAGAAAUAUUAAUCUAAGUAUUAAAAAUAGAUAAAUAAAAACAACCAGAAUUUAUAUAUGUUAUCCAAUUUAUUUUAUAAUUGCUAUUUAAAGGUGAUAAAUCAAAUGCUAACUUUGCCUAAUUUGAAGAUUAAAUUUAGGUUUUAAAAGAUGAUAGAAAUAGCAGUGCAUGGGAAUUUGUCAAAGCUAUAAUCGAAGUAGAUCAUUCUAAAAACAUAAAUGUCUUAAUUUCAAAAUCCUAUCAAAUUAUGAGGAAAAAUAACUUAGGAUAGUUCUCAAAAUACUCAAAUAUUCUAGUAUCCUUGAGUUCAAUUGCUCAUGUAUCAAAUUAUCCUACUAGCAAUGUUGAUAAUGUCAAACUUAUGAAUGUGUUGUUGUAUCCAAUAUUAUGGCUAGGUUCAAUUAUAGAAAAUAGCAAAGAACCCUUCACUAAAUUCACAGAAUUCUCCUAAGGAUUUAUUGAAAAAUCUGCUCCAGAAGACUUUUCAUCAUUGUUAGAUCAAUUUUAUGACUUUAGUAAUAAAGGAAACAAUUCCGAAUCAGCAAUUUCAGAAAAGAAUGUCGCCUUUUAUAAGACAGCAUUCUUGGCAUGGUGCUAAAAAAAUUAAGAUAGUCAACUCUAAUAAUUCUUUGAAUUCGUAAAAGGGAAAGUGUUUGAUAUUUCAUAACUUCCACCUCCUCAAUAAAUAAUAAUUCAAAGUUUAAUUGAAUUAUUAUAUAAUAACAAAAUUCAUGCAGAUCCAGAACAAAAGAUUUUGAAAUAAUUUAUAUCUGAAAUAACAAAGAUAGAAGAUUUGAAGGGUUAAAAAGAAGUUAUCGAGGCUACCAUUAUUAUGUUCAGUGGUUUAUCAGAUCCAAAAGAUAUUAAAGGAGAAAAGUUCCUUAAAGCCAUUUCUACCUUAUUGUCUAAUUACAAAGAAAUAGGAGAGAUCAUCAAAAUGAUUUUCCUAUUUUAUUAAACUGAAGACAUAGAGAAAUUGAAAGAGUUGCCAUAGUAAAUCUAGAAAGGGUGUUUCAGCAAUCAACAGUUAUAUGAUAAGAAGUUUGAUAACAUCCCAUUAUCCUAAUUGUUCUUGAUUGCAUCCAAUGCAUAAAAAAUGAUUAAAUCAUUGGAAGAUGCAAAAGAAAUGAAUGAGAAGGAAUUGCUAAAGGCUGUUAAGCCAGUCUUGGAACCUAUGUUUGGAUAAAAAUAAGAAAAAGAUUUACAAAUAUUGGUUAAGUGCAUUGAAGCCAUCAUUGCCAUUAAAUAUAAGAAAUUCAAUGAAGUUACAUCAGAAUUCUUUUCAGUUAUGAAAAUAUCUCAAUCAAAUAGUUAGCUUCUUGUUAGCUUAAUGAAAGACUUUUAAUUAGGUUUGUAAUCACCUCAAUAAUUGAUCAAAGAGAAGAUGGCCUCUUUAGUCAAUCCAAAUACAGUUAGAACUAUGCAAUACAUGAAUUCAGUUAUGGCUAAAUUAAAUGACAAUCGAGAAUUGUAAUAUGAAGAUAUGUUUAGAGUUUUGGAUAAGAAUGGCCAGAGAUAAGUUAGAGCUUAUGAUGUGAUUGAAUUUUUAAGAAGAAUUAACAUAGAAAUUACAGAACACAAAUUUAGAGAAGUUUUGGUUACUAUCAAAGGUGAUUAAGUUAACAUCUAGGCCUGCAUGAUAGAUUUCUAUGAAUUUAAAGAAAUCAUGCAAGAAAUUUCAAUCUAAACUAUGUUCCUAAGCUUAGAAUAUUUAGGAAUUUCGAAACCUAUGUUAAUCAAAGGACUUAUUGUGUUAAUAGUAUACUUAGUCAUUGUAUUGGCCUUCAUACUUAUUGGAGUUUAAGCAUUUGCUAUACCAGGUACUUUUGCAGCAAUUGUUAAUGCCGCCUUACCUAUGAUUGGAGGAUUAGGAUUGAAUAAAUAAGCAGCAGAAGAGAAAUUGAAAUCCUUAAAUUUAACAGCAAUUUUAGAUGUUGUCAAAAAGGCUGUUAAAGUCAUUCAAUCAAGAAGAAUAUGA